CUGGCACUCACUCUUCGAUCUCUCUAUCCCUUCUUCUCAGUUAAACUCGAAUGAUGAUCAAACACUUUUUUGCCAGAAUGUCGGAUUCUAGCAAGAAGAAAAAGAUCUUUUUGACGGUUUUUUCUUCUAUCCUUGUUGUCUCUGCUAUUAUCGGAAUUGUAGUGGGAGUUAAUUCCCACAGCUCCAAUAAUGCCAAUAAUAGCAGAGCGUCCAUAUCUCAUGAUAUUGUCAAAUCAUCAUGUAGCGUAACCCUCCACCCCGAUCUAUGCUACUCUACGCUAUCUAGCGUCCCAGAGUUGACCAAAAAAGUCAAAAGUCAAAAAGACGUUAUCGAGCUUUCUGUCAACAAAACCAAGGAGAUAAUCGAAAGAAACUACUUCACCAUAAAGAAGCUCACACUGAAAACCGAUCUCACAAAACGUGAGAAAAUCGCGCUCCACGAUUGUCUAGAAAUGGUAGCCGAUACACUAGAAGAAAUCAAUGAAAUCAUUAGCAUUCUUGAAACGUACCAAACCAAAAAAGGGAUUCAAAAACAUGUAGAUGAUAUAUUGACACUUAUGAGCACAACUUUAACCAACCAAGAAACAUGCAUAGACGGAUUCUCCCACGAUAAACACGAUAAGCAUUUGCGAGAAUCGCUUAUUGCAGGAGAGAUCCAUGCAGAGAAGUUGUGUAGCAAUUCCUUAGCCAUGAUCAAGAACAUGACAUUGACAGAUAUGGCGGCUAACAACAAAGCCGCCGAGAGUAAUGGGAGAAAGUUAAUUCAGGACGAGAAUAUUAUUGAAAACGUUGAGUGGCCGGAAUGGUUGUCCGCGGGAGACAGGAGAUUGUUACAGUCAGGGACUGUGACACCUAAUGUGGUUGUGGCCGCAGACGGCAGUGGAGACUUUACGACAGUUUCUGCUGCUGUUGCGGCCGCUCCAUCUUCAAGUACAAGAUAUGUUAUUAGGAUAGCAGCAGGGGUGUAUAGAGAAAAUGUGGAUAUCCCGAGUGGUAAAAGGAACUUGAUGUUUCUGGGUUCAGGCAGGACUUCCACAAUAAUCACCGGGAGUCGAAGUGUUGCCGGUGGAAGCACCACCUUCAAUUCCGCCACUGUCGCGGCGGUGGGUGCUGGAUUCCUAGCACGUGACCUAACGUUCCAAAACACAGCCGGGCCAUCAGGAAACCAAGCUGUGGCGUUACGGGUCGGGUCGGAUCUAUCAGCAUUUUACCAAUGUGACAUGAUAGCGUACCAAGAUACGUUGUACGUCCAUUCAAACCGUCAAUUUUACAUCAAUUGUUACAUAGCUGGCACGGUUGAUUUUAUUUUUGGCAAUGCCGCGGUCGUGUUUCAAGAUUGUGACAUCCAUGCCCGUCGACCCAACCCAAACCAAAGGAACAUGGUCACGGCUCAAGGCAGAAGUGACCCAAAUCAAAAUACCGGAAUCGUGAUACAAAAAUCAAGAAUAGGAGCCACCUCUGACCUUAGACCGGUCCAAGGAAGCUUUCCAACAUAUUUGGGGAGGCCGUGGAGGGAAUACUCGAGAACGGUUGUGAUGCAAUCGGCGAUAAGUGAUGUUAUAAACCCCGCGGGUUGGUUUCCUUGGAAUGGUAAUUUUGCACUUGAUACAUUGUUUUAUGGAGAGUAUCAAAACACGGGGGCUGGUGCAAGUACCGCGAAUAGAGUGACGUGGAGAGGGUAUAGGGUGAUUACGAGUGCUACGGAAGCUCAAGGUUUUACACCCGGAAGCUUUAUUGGUGGAGGUAAUUGGUUACGAGCCACGGGCUUCCCUUUCUCUCUUGGGUUGUGAUGUGUUUGUAUUGUAAGUUGAAUAAGUCACUUGAAUAUCAAGUUAUGGAAAUUGAAUAUCAAGUUAUGGAGCGUGGUGUACGUACGUGUUAAGUUUUGUACCGGUUUUCAAAUAUAUAUGUUAGCCCUCGAGUUUUGUGUUGCUAA